GAAACGCCCAUAAACGUUUACAAUUGGCAGUGCCACGAAGAAAACGAGGAGGUGCGACAUUUUUCAGGCUACACGGAGGUCCCCCUUUUUUCUCCCCAUCAAAGGUGUUUGCCUCCCGACCCACCGCCCACCACGGCCCUCACCUGCGUGUUGCGGUGCUUCCCUUGUGAGCCGACCUGGGCCGGCAGUCCCUUCUUGCACCGCCCGCCAACCCCGCCCAUGGUCAGAAUGACGCGCUCCAAGACCUUCCAGGCCUACCUGCCGAGCUGCCACCGGACGUACAGCUGCAUCCACUGCCGGGCCCACCUAGCCAACCAUGACGAGCUCAUCUCCAAGUCGUUCCAGGGCAGCCAGGGCAGAGCCUACCUGUUCAACUCCGUGGUGAACGUGGGGUGUGGUCCUGCAGAGGAGAGAGUUCUGCUCACAGGCCUGCACGCUGUAGCAGAUAUCUACUGUGAAAACUGCAAGACCACCCUGGGCUGGAAAUAUGAACAUGCCUUUGAGAGCAGUCAGAAGUAUAAAGAGGGCAAGUUCAUCAUCGAGCUGGCCCACAUGAUAAAGGACAACGGCUGGGACUGAGCCCACCAGGACACCACCGCAGCGGAAGGGUAGAGGGUUGGGUGAACGGACGGGGAGGGCGGGGAGGGUUUUAGGGGGUCGUAGUGGGUGAGUGUGUGACUUUGGUUUGGCUGAUUUACCAUUAACCUCUGUAAGUCCCUACCCAUCCCUCCCCUCCAACGAACGCCUCUUGCACACACCGACACUCAACAACGUGACACGCGUCAGGUCGCCGACAUCCGAGCUGGCACUUGGGGCAGACGAGACAAGAGGUCUCCUUUUCUUAACCGAAAUCCGAUUCUGUACCUGUACAAUGUUCGCACAGCACUUCGGGCGUGCUCUAGUGUCAAAACCAGCUCAGAGGAAAACGCUUCCAGCAGUCUGCCUCGACUGUGUAUUCCGCCCCCUCCACCCCCUGCUGUAGAUAGCGAUGACCUAAGAUGAUUAUAGCAAAUCGACAUGAUUGGGACGGUGCCAGCUGGGCCAGUGAUGAGGCUUGGCACAGAGGCCCGAGCACAGCGGGCGGGAGCAGGGAUUGACGCUCAACAUGAAGAGGGAGGGCGAGGAAAGAUCGUGUUCCACUAAUGCGGGAGCGCAGACGGCGUCUGGCCGAGACCUGGUUCGGCUCAGGGUGGCCACUUUGAAAGAGAAAAUAGCUCGAUCGUCAUCGGCUUCUCUUUUGACGUGACUGUUUUCGGUUUGGAACCCCUCUCAAGUGACCUGCAGAUCUUCGCGUAAGCACAUCAAAGGUCUCGAGAGGUCCCCGAAGUCGUCUUGUAGGCUCGAAGGACGAGAAAGCCUCGGUUGGAUGGCGAGCGCUCCGAAACUGUGACCACCAACAACUACUUUGAUUUCGAGAAAUGGCCAAAGUAUGACUAGUUUCAUGGGUUCAUAAUGUUUAUGAUGAUUUACCUCCCCGCAUUGAAGUGUGCUGUGGAAGCUAAUGAUUCACAUAGUGGUGCGCUGCGUCUGUGCAUUCUCACGCUCGAGGAAAUUACUUGACCUUGACUGACUUUUGUAGGGCGUGUCUUUGUGUUUAGCCGCUUCACAGACACACGCAGCCACUUUGAAUUCCCAGGACAAUUACAAUGUCAUGGCAUAAUAUCCAACUAUGGUUUGAAUACCAUGCUGUCUUUUUUUGUUCUCACACUCCACUGGGUGACAUUUACAUGUGUUCCAUCUAGAUUGCUGUUAAACUGCUGUCACACUUAACUGGUCCUAAUGUUCCAUAACGACGCAACCUGGCUACAUGAAGCAGUUUAGAAAAUGUCAUUUUUUUUUUUUUUUUUCUCUUUUCGACUAAUGUCUAUCCCCAUUAUUCAAUAUUCCAAGCGCACAGGAAGAGUUCUAUAACAUUCGGCUCCUCUGCCCUCCUUGAAUCGAGUGCUACUCUGAUGGAAAAGUGCUUUUUCGAAUGAGAGAAUCCAUUAGACUUUCCAUCUUGUGGAAUGCACCGCAAAUAUACAGUAUACAUGAGCUAAAGUGCCAGUUGGCUUUGAGUCGCACAGUUCUCCCUAGCUCCGAGGGUUUCUGCCAAUGGCACAAUUUCUGAUCCAUCUGCAUAACGUCAAAAACAUAACAGAGGUAAAUACAAUCCAGAUGUAGGGCAGUAGAAUAGUCUCAUCUUCUUGUGAUAGUCUCGUUGUUCCUGAGCUUCUGUCUAAACCUUGUUCCAACAUGUCCAGUUAGCACCGGUAUGAAAUCAUAUUAAAACCCAUCUCAACCAAAGAAAGCGCCCAUCAACAUUAACCUGACCGAGCAAAAGAUUCUAUUUUGCUCGGGCAAAGUUGUGCAAAACGAGGGUGUGUAUAGCUGAAAGCCAAGGCUGUGGAUAAUACUUGUCUGUCAUAUAUAUUUUACAUCUUUUAUUUUGUAAACAGAUCUUAAUAUAUGGAUAUAUUGUAUUUACUGUAUUCGCCGCGAGGAAUACCAUUCAUGUCAACCUCCGUGUUACUGAAUGUAAAUAAUGUCACUGUGUCAUAUUUGAUUUACAAACCCCACGAUGAAUGAAUUUGAUUUGGGUCAUGUCAGGCUUUCUCUCUGGUUGGUUGUACAAAAUGACUUUUUUACCCGAAAUGUUUCAAUUUUAACGUCUUUUGUAAAGAGGGAUGCUGAUGUUGACUUCAUGUCAUUGGAUCAUCAUCUAAUAAAAUGCACCUUGAGAUCUCUAUGGACAGCGCUGUGUUUCUUCUUUUAGGUAGAAGUAAGAAAUAAUUGUGUUGGUGAUUAUUAAGGGCGAUAUUGUCCAGUUUGUGCUUAAGUC